AACGUUGUUGCGAAUUUUAUCAGUUUUCUGUUUAAUUUCUUAAAUUCCUCACUAUACUCGAAUUUGAGAGUUGGAAGAAUAAUGGACCCAAAACCUAGAAAGCUUUUUAUGUGAUUUGGGUGUUGAAAAAGUGCUUGUGCUUACUUGGAUCCUUUCCAAUCCCCUUGAUGUUCCCCAAUCCAUAUCCUAUUAAAGGAAAAUGAAUCUGUUUCUUCCUUUCCUUCCCCAUUCUUCAACUGCUGUUGUACGAAGACAUUUGUUUUAACUUUCUCUUUCAAGAUCACUCAAAAAUCAGAUUCCAGUUUCUAAAAUGUGGGUUGAACAGUUAUUGGCCAAGAGAGAACUAACUAAAAAAAUUGAAACCCGUUCUUAAAGAGAACAAAAGCUCUUAAUUCCCUUUUUCUUCCCAGGAUUGCCUCCUUUUUUUUUUCCCAAUUUUUAAGAUGUCGUCUUUUCUUGAUGAAUUUCAAGCAAGUAACAAUGUGUUGAGUCAAGCCUCAAAUCUCAAUAUGAUGGAGGUGAGUUUGAUCACCUCGCAGCGUACUCCUUGGUUUGCACGUUUAAGAGCGAAGUGGUGAGUGCAAGGAAGUACGAGAGCUUAUGCUUUGGAUCAAUCAAUGAAGUGAUUGAUGAGGGUGGAUUAGAGUUCCUAAAUGAUGAGAAGGAACGAAGAUUGGAGGUUCUUGAAGAUGGCUCGACUGGCCGAGCGUAUAGCGCUCGAUCGAGCCAACAAGCAGCAAGCACCCAGUGAGUUCUGGUCAGUGGCUCGACCAGGCGAGCAAUAGUGCUCGACCCGAGCGACCAACAGAUCUGGAAUUGCUUCCAAAUAUUUUGCAAAAGAAGUAUGCAUUGCUACGGGAUCUUGACAAAAGUUUACAAGAAAUCAUGCGGCAGAAUGAACGCCGAUGUGAGCAGGAAAUAGAAGGUUUCAAGCAGGGAAUGUUGUCUGGUGCUAUUCCACCAGAGCCAUCUCGGGUCCGACUCUCAGAUGAAGCACUUGAUGAACAGAAGCACAGCAUCAGGAUUGCUGAUGAAAAAGUUGCUUUAGCUGUCCAAGCAUAUGAUUUGGUUGAUGCGCACAUUCAACAGCUGGACCAAUAUCUUAAGCAAUCUGAAGAGGAGAUCCGUCGUGAGAAAGAGCUUGCAUCUGCUCCUGCUUCAUCUGAUGCAACUGCUGAGGGUAGCUCGAAAUCUGGUCGUGGCAUUGAAGGUGGAAGAGGUGGACGUAAAAAAACACGUCAUGCGGCAGCAGCAGCAGCAGCCGCCGCUGCCUCGGUACCUGCAAACCCACCGAGCAUGGACUUGGAUAUACCAGUUGAUCCUAAUGAGCCCACUUAUUGUAUCUGUAAUCAAGUGAGCUACGGAGAGAUGGUUGCAUGUGAUAAUUCCGAUUGCAGGAUCGAGUGGUUCCAUUUUGGGUGCGUUGGUUUAAAAGAGAAGCCAAAGGGAAAAUGGUACUGUACGGAUUGUGCUGGAACACAGAAACGUCGUAAAGGCAAGUGAUUGCAAAAUUGGGGAUGUUGACAUCAUCUUCGAAGGCAAGCAUACAUGUCAUGUAUAAGAUCUUUAACAGUCCUACUCGCUGAUUACUUUCUUAGCUUAUAGAUCAGAUACCAUGGAGAUUCCCUCCAUAGCCUAUGGUAGGAUGCAAAAUAGGUAUUUUAGUACUGCCCCUACUUUCAGUGUAUACGUGCUUUCAUCUAUCUGCACCUGCUGGAUGUUUUACUUUUAUGUAGUUCGAAUUUGAUUGUAAUUUUUUUGCAAUUGUUAAUCUACUAUGAAUUCAAUAGUAAAACUCUGUCAGUGCAUACUGUAUUACAUGUUGGAUUGUGAAUUUUGAAGCUUUUCUAUUGCGAGUUCAAACAUUUUGCUGGAUUAUUUUGGUGCCACUUAAUCUCAUUGAUCCACUAAUGAUAAAGUGGCACAAACGAUUGGGACUAGAUGUUUUUCCUUCCGCCUUUAUCCCUGAAGUUCUCAUGUAGAGUUGUUUCAACAGGGUUUAUUUUUAGACAUGAGUCUGGUCUUUAUAAGGUUGCCCAAUUUUGAAAAACAGAAAGUGGUCUGGCUUUUAAUGGGUCAAAAUAAUUUAGAGCUAAUUGGUUAUUCCUAUAGCCGAUAGAUUGUGGGGAUUUUGUGGCUUCAACAGAUGCGAUGGAGUUUUUUUUUUGAUGGAUGUAUCAGAAUCUGAUACAAGAAUAUGGUAGCAUGAUGGUGACUUCUUAAACCAUCAAGAAGACUGCAACGAGCAAAUAUGAUGGCAUUUGAGUACAAUUGGCUACCAUAGACGAAUCAAAAUCUGCUGUUAAUACUAAGUUUCGGGUGCCUUGCAACAUCUGUGUCCCGAGCUAAAAAAUAAAUGCCGCAAAAGUUAAUUC